AUGCGACCAAACACGAGAAUUUCUUUUUACUUUCGAUAUAUUCACGCCGAGAUCCAUCUAGCACUAUCUCACAUUAGAUAUACAUAUAUAUCUGUGCGUCUACAUAAAUUUCAUUCGCCUAUUUAUCUAUCUAUCUAUCUAUCUAUCUAUCUAUCUCAGUCUGUUCAUAUCUAUUUAUCGCAGUCUAAUCAUAUCUAUCUAUGUAUCUGUUCUGUUAAUAUCUCUCUAUCUCUAUCUAUCUAUCUAUCUAUCUAUCUAUCUAUCUAUCUAUCUAAGUCUGUUAAUAUCUCUCUAUCUCUCUCUAUCUAUCUCUAUCUCUCUCCAUCUAUCUAUCUAUCUAAUCUGUUCAUAUCUAUUUAUCUGGGUCUGUUAAUAUCUAUCUAUCUAUCUAUCUAUCUAUCUAUCUAUCUAUCUAUCUAUCUAUCUCAGUCUGUUAAUAUCUCUCUAUCUCUCUCUAUCUAUCUAUCUCAGUCUGUUAAUAUCUCUCUCUAUCUCUCUCUCUCUAUCUAUCUAUCUCAGUCUGUUAAUAUCUCUCUCUAUCUCUCUCUCUCUCUAUCUAUCUAUCUCAGUCUGUUAAUAUCUCUCUCUAUCUCUCUCUCUCUCUAUCUAUCUAUCUAUCUAUCUAUCUGUGCAUGCCUGUGUGUGCAUACAUGCAUAUGCACCUAUAUGUAUGUAGUUGUCUUGAAAGCUAAAAAGUAA